AAAGGAACCUUCUCAUAUCGUCACUCUACUAGUCUUACUUCACCGGCGAUAUGAAAAUCUUGCUUCUCUCUGCUGGGGUUCUUCUCCUCUCCGUCUCUGCACUUGCUGAGGGAGAUCACGGUGGCCAUGGAAAGACCAUUACUAUUGGGCAUGGCCUUUCAUCCGGCAUCGGAAGAGGCUACUCGACGCCGACUGUAGUAUCGGGUGGAUUAGUGCAUGGAGGCAUUGGCCAUGGAGGCAUUGGCCAUGGAGGAAUAAUUGAUCAUGGUGUCAGUCACGGAGGAGUUAUUGACGUAGAUGUUGGUCACGGAAAAGUUAUUGAUCACGGUAUCAGUCAUGGUGGAGUUAUUGGCCAUGGUUUAGGUCAUGGAGGGGUUAUUGACCAUGACUUCGGUCAGAUAGGAGUUAUUGACCAUGAUAUCGGUCAUGGAGGAGUUAUUGACCAUGACAUCGGUCAUGGAGCAGUUAUCGGUCAUGGCAUCAGUCAUGGAGUUGUUGACCAUGACAUCGGACAUGGAGGAGUUAUCGGUCAUGGCAUCAGUCAUGGAGUAGUUGACCAUGAUAUCGGUCAUGGAGCAGUUAUCGGUCAUGGCAUCAGUCACGGAGGAGUUAUUGACAAUGGCAUCAGUCAUGGAGGAGUUAUUGGUCAUGGUGUUAGUAAAGGAGGAGUUAUUGGCCACGGUGUUAGCACAGGAGUUAUUGGUCACGGUGUUAGCACAGGAGUUAUUGGCCACGGCGUAAGUAAAGGAGUUAUUGGCCAUGGUGUUAGUACAGGAGUUAUUGGCCAUGGUGUUAGCACAGGAGGUAUUGGCCAUGGAGUAAGUAAAGGAGGAAUUAUUGGCCACGGUGUUAGCACAGGAGUUAUUGGCCAUGGAGUAAGUAAAGGAGGAGUUAUUGGCCACGGUGUUAGCACAGGAGUUAUCGGCCAUGGGGUAAGCAAAGGAGGAGCUAUUGGACUUGGAGUCAGCCAUGGGAGAGGACUUGGCCUCGGCGUUGGUCACGGAGGAGUUGUUGGUAAGGGAUAUGGCUCCGGAGGCGUGAAGGGCUCUGCUAGAGCCACCAUUCAUUUCAAUCUUGGAGCUCCCGUUGGAAAAUACGGUGGUGGCUCUCUUGGACUUGGCGGAGGAAUUGCAAGAAAAGUUGUUGACGGCGGCCAUGAUGGAGUGAUCGUUGGUGGCAGCAAAAUUGGAGGAGGUUUCUCCGGGGCCUCUGUUGGACUAGGACAUGGCGGCAUUGUUGGAGGUGGACAUUCCAAAGGCUCUGUGGUGGUAACUCAUGGAGGUCACCUUGGCGGAGGACAUGACGGUAUCAUUGGUGGAGGAAUUAUUGACGGAGGCCAUGUUGGAGGAGCAAUCAUUGACGGAGGAGUUAUCGAUGGAGGAUAUUCUGCCCCAUCCCUUGGGGUUGCCCAUGGAGGUUCUAUUGGAAUAAGCCAUGGCGGAUCUAUUGGAGUAGGCCAUGGUGGCUCCAUUGGAGGAACAAUCAUUGACGGAGGCGUUAUUGACGGAGGAUAUUCGGCAAAUUCUAUUGGAAUUGGACAUGGGGGCAUAGUUGGAGGAGGAGUCAUCAGUGGAGGGCAUUCCAUAGGUAAAGUUGGAGUAACACAUGGAGGAAUUGGGCAUGGAGGUGUCAUUGGAGGCGGAAUUGUCCAUGGAGGUCACGUCGGUGGAGUUAUUGGAGGAGGCUACCAUUAAAAGAACAAAACUUAAAGGCCCAGAAGGACAAAGCUUCUCCUAGGGAGAAGAUUUGGGAUCCUUAAAGCUCAUGAGUGAUCGAGCCUUUAAAACCUUUCACGAAGACCCGGGAAAUGAUUUCAGAAUACUGAGGACGAACCGCGCGGGAAGAUUUUAUAUCAUAUAAAUGAAUAUGUAAAUUAUUGUAUGUUGUUUGUAUAAUAUGUGACAAUUUUUCAAUAAAUUAAUUGUUUACAUAAAA